GUCGUUGUUAGGCAGCCAACUUGCGUGGAAGCUUUCUCCUCGUCCUUGUUUUAGUACAGUUCUGUUCUUGAGUGUAUCGCGUAUCUUUUUACUUCACUCUUGUCUUGUUCUAUCCAUCCACCGGCCACAGGCAGAACAGUACCAACCGGCAAGUGUCAGUGUGUCUCUAUUUUUGCCUUUUCUGUGUGUAGAAAAAAACAGUGCUUUCGCGAGCCGCCGCUCUAUCUCUCCCGCUCUAUCUGCGUCCAAUCUGGAGGACGGGAACACAGGAACAGGUUUCGUGGGCCGAUCGGCCAGAACAUGAACAUUUGCCGACCAACGGCGAAACUACAAACUGCGUAUUAAUUGGUGCUAGCAAUUCGAAAUCAAAACUUUCUUCGAAACAAACGCGCCAGUGCUACUGAUGGAUUGCUUCUUCGGAACUGUCGAUUUAAGUGUUUAAUUUGUUUUUUGUUGAUAAAAUUGUGUAUCAUGGCAAUCGCUUUCUACUGUGAGGAUGAGGAUCCCAAACUGUUCCAAGGCUAUUACACUGCCUUUGGAUAUUCGAGCUAUCAGCAACAGCAGCAGCAAGCACACAGUCAAACGACUCAGCUGGCGGUCAGUGUUGACGAAAACAAUAGCAACACUGGCAACUGUGCACUGCACGACCACAACAACAACGUUAGCAGUGACAGUUCUAGCAGUGUUUCCGCUGUCGAUGACGGUCGGCAAUUGAUGCACAUAUUGCAUCAGGUGCUCUACCGGUACACAAUGGAAGGAGCCCUCAGCCCGGCCCACACAUCCUGUGCGUUCUGCAACAAAAUAUACUACUUGUUCCAGCUACUGUACUGACCGCAGCCUUCCUGGCGAAAGGUUCAACCGCAAAACAAACUGAACGAAGCAAACGAAAAGUUCCAAUAAAAGCAUUAACUCUCUCGGCGCACUUGCUGAAAAAGAGAAACUAAAGCGUAAGCAAACAAAAAAAACUUAAAAAAAACAAUCAUCAAAGCUAACGAAUCGACGGAUCGCAUCAAAGGACACCACGAACUGUUAAUGGAAAUGUUAAGCCGCCACUGCAAAGCAGCCAGUCGAAUUUUCACCGGAACACAACAAAGUCCCCGAUCCGUCGAUUUCCUGUGAUGGAAGCAAUUUUGUCGUUUUUAAUUCUAUGAGAUAACUGCGAACCGUUUAGAGUGUAUAAAUACCUAGUUAACGUUGUAAAACUAGAUAAACUGCAAACUGGUUUUCCUUUCAUUUAUCGUUCCAGAGCAAUCCAGCACAGAAUUACGCAGUAAUUUUAAUGUUAGUCGUAAACUUAAUCGCGCAUUGUCGAUAUUAGAGGCAAGAACCUAGGUUAAGCUUUCUUCUGUUUUCCCCAACGUGAUUUCAUAUAGUUUCGUAUCAACAGUAAAUUCGCUGUAGGAUGUAAGGCACUAGGACAAUGUUCGGUUUGCCAGCCAUGUGCGCGGCUAGGCCGAAGACUGUUAGGAAUCAAACUUAUUGGAGGAGCGCCACGCUCACGUGAAUAAGAAAAUCAGCCACUUCCGUUCGAUGCCAAGGAAGAUGAUCUCAGUGCUAGCUUUGUAAGGUCGUAAACCCCCCUCAUCAGUAGCUUUUUGUUUUGCGUGUUAUAUACCAACGAGAAAGCUACCGAAUCGACUGUAAAUUAGCCUUUUUUUAUUUCGGAAGCCACACGAUUUAUGCUCAUUAAUUUUAAGUUAUGCUCGACUGUACCAACUAUAAAGAACGCAACGAUUCAGUUUCCAGUUUCUACUUAACUUAGCGACUUAUUUUUGUACGUUAUAUAGCAGUAAGUGUAAUGCUAUUCAAUUGAGAAUACAACUUUAAAAUGUGUUUAUCAUA